CUUCCUCUUUACAGACACUUAAACUUCUUUAACUCCUGAGAAAUGGACCAUUGAAGAAGCUGCAGUUGGCUGGCACACUUUGUGUUUCCAUCUAUUAACUGGACAUACAAUAAACUGUGUGGAUAAACAGGGUGGUUGCUCUGGUGAAAUGAUCAGCGGAACUCUCUAUGCUGUGACCCUGUCCCUCUGUGUUGCUUUGGGUGCAAAUGCCCUGGUCCUUCUCCAGUCUCCGGUCCUGCAACGUGUCACAGAGGGUCUCACUGCCCGAUUACAGUGCACCGUGAGGAACACCGCACUGAGACGGAUCCGUGUUCACUGGUACCGGGAGCGGCCAGGAAAGAGAGAGCGGAUCUUGGUACAUGACGCAUGGAAUGGCAGACAUUGGUAUUCAGGAUUCGCUGAGCGAUUCGAACCUUCCAGAGACUCCGAAAGCAGCUUCCUUCUGACCAUCACAAACGUGCAGCCCAGCGACACUGGGGUCUAUCGCUGCUCGGUCCGGGGACACGUCCUUGGCGGAGGAAGCCAGCUCAUUGUAGACAGUUUCACUGGUCCAGUCCUUCUCCAGUCUCCGAGCCUGGAACAUGUCACCAAGGGUCACGCUGCCUGGUUACAGUGCACCAUGCAACAUGCCAAAGUGAUACACACCGAUGUUCAUUGGUAUUGGGAGCAACCAAGGCAUUUCAUGAAACACGUUAUAACACAUGAAAUGAAGAACAACAUCCAAAGGAGCCCAGGAUUCACUGAUCGAUUCCAGCCUUCCAGAGACCCCUCCAGUAACAGCUUCAUUCUGACCAUCACAAACGUGCAGCCCAGUGACACUGGGGUCUAUUAUUGCUCAGUCUGGGGAAGGAUUUAUGGGAGAGGAAGCCUGCUCAAUAUCACCAGUGUAAAUGCCCCAGUCCUUCUCCAGUCACCAAGCCUGGAACGUGUCACCGAGGGUCACACUGCCCGGUUACAGUGUACCAUGAGGAACGCCGCAGUGACACAUACUGAUGUUCACUGGCACCGGGACCAACCAAGGAAAAGCACGGAGUGGAUUUUAACACAUGACGUGAGGAACAUCACACGGAGUCCACAAUUCAUGGAGCGAUUCCAGUCUUCCAGAGUCUCCAACAAUAACAGCUUCAUUCUGACCAUCAGAAACGUGCUGCCCAUUGACAGUGGGGUCUAUUACUGUAAAGUGUGGGGAGAUAUCAGUGGGAAUGGAACCCAACUGACUGUAAUGGAUCCAUUGGCUGAUCCAGUCCUCAUUCAGUAUCCAGUGGCCAGCAAGGUACCAGAGGGUGAAACUGUCGAGUUCCAGUGUGACAUGUACAAUGCCAGUGUGAAUGACACUGAUGUUCACUGGCAUUACCAGCGACCUGGCAGCAACAGGGAGUGGGUGAUAAGCCAGUUUGUGAAUGGCACCUUCACCAAGGCCCAGGGUUUCCAUGAUCGUGUUCAUGUUUCCAGGAAUGCCAGCAGGAACAGUUACAUUCUGCGCCUUGUGAAUGUGACUCUCAAUGAUAGUGCUGUGUUCCGCUGCAGUGUGUGGAGCUACAUCGAUGGAGCAGGGAGCCAGCUCAAUGUAACUGAAAAAUCUUCCCAUGGCGUUCCCUGGAUUUCAGAUCCCAGUUUAAUCAUUGGCACCAUUCUGAGCUUCACUGUCUUGAUCUGCAUUGUCCUGCUCACAGUCUUCCUUCAUAAACAAAAGCUGUGUUUAUCAGUAAAGGACUCCACUCAACGGAGGCCUGUUGAAGAUCAGGAUGCUGUGUAUGCAACAGUAAAUGAUCGAACACAGAGCAGUGAGCAAGCAACAGUUCCUGCUGUUGUGCUGGCUGAAGGAGAAUGUCAUUAUGCUGAGGUUCACUUUCACCCACAAGGAGUCAGCCGGCCGACAGUGACAGCUGCUGAAAGUAACUCAGAGUACGCAGUUGUAAAAUGGGCAAGAAACUGAAGUUCGACAAGACCCUUUCAGUCUGCAGCAAAGAGCAGUCAACAGCAACUCACUUGAACAGAACCAUCUCGGCUUCUUCUUUGCAUUCACCCAGAUUCAGGCUUCCUCACCAACAACUGUCCCAUGUCCAUAUAUUCCCAGACCCUGAGAUUACUGAGUACUCAGACCCUCCCAGACCCUGAGAUUACUGGACACUGAGACCCUCCCAGACCCUGAGAUUACUGAGUACUCAGGCCCUCCCAGACCCUGAGAUUACUGGGCACUCAGACCCUCCCAGACCCUGAGAUUACUGGGCACUCAGACCCUCCCAGACCCUGUGAUCACUGGGCACUCAGACCCUCCCAGACCCUGAGAUUACUGGGCACUCAGACCCUCCCAGACCCUGAAAUUACUGGGCACUCAGACCCUCCCAGACCCUGAGAUUACUGGGCACUCAGAUCCUCCCAGACCCUGAGAUCACUGGGCACUCAGACCCUCCCAGAUCCUGAGAUCUCUGGGCACUCAGACCCUCCCAGGCCCUGAGGUUACUGGACACUUAGACCCUCCCAGAUCCUGAGGUUACUGGGCACUCAGAUCCUCCCAGACCCUGAAAUUACUGAGCACUCAGAUCCUCCCAGACCCUGAGAUUACUGGGCACUCAGAUCCUCCCAGACCCUGAGAUUACUGAGUAUUCAGACCCUCCCUGACCCUGAGAUUACUGGGCACGCAGAUCCUCCCAGACCCUGAGAUUACUGGGCACUCAGACCCUCCCAGACCCUGAGGUUACUGGGCACUCAGACCCUCCCAGACCCUAAGGUUACUGGGCACUCAGACCCUCCCAGACCCUAAGGUUACUGGGCACUCAGAUCCUCCCAGACCCUGAGAUUACUGAGUAUUCAGACCCUGAGAUUACUGGGCACUCAGACCCUCCCAGACCCUGAGAUUACUGGGCACUCAGACCCACUCAGACAGUGUGCAGCUCAGCAUGGGAGUGGAAGGUGCAGACUCUGACUGAGAUUAUUUGGAUCACACUGACCUCUGCUGCUACCUCUAGCAUUGUGCAGAUCAACAACAGGGUCAUUGUGGGAACUGCUUGAAUUCCGAGCUUCCUCCAGGCCCAGCCCAACCUGAUUUGGAAUAUCAACCUUUCCUUCGUAAGCACUGGGCCUGGUCUUAGGAAUUCCUCAGUCAAAAGCCAGCACUGGGCCAACGGACAGAGCUGAGCUUGACCAGGAUGAAGUGAAUGUUGUUUACAGAUUUGGAUAGAGAACAUCUGAACAGGCAGGAAACGAAGUGUAGAAAUGAAUGAGGUCUUUUUCUGAAAGGCAGCCAGUGACUAGUCAGAAACUGUAGGGAUCAGUGCUAGGACCCGAGCUAUUUACAAUAUCAACUAAUGAUUUAGGUGAUGGAACUGAAUGUAAUAUUCUGAGUUUGCAGAUGACUCAAAGCUGUAUGGGAAGGUGAGCUGUGAGGAGGAUGCAGAGAUGCUUCAAUGUGAAUUGGACAGGUUGAUUGAGUAGGGAAAUGCAUGGCAAAUGCAGGAUAAUGUGGAUAAAUGUGAGGUUAUCCGCUUUGCUACAAAAACACGAAGGCAGAUUAUAAUCUGAAGAGUGAUAGAUUGGAGAAGGGGGUGGUGCAAUGCGACCUGGGGAGUUCUUGCAAACCAGUCACUAAAGGAGAAGAGAGGGCAGUGGAUGUUAUCUAUAUGGACUUUGGUAAGGCCUUCGACAAGGUCACACAUGGCAGGCUGGUCAUGAAAGUUAGGUUACAUGGGAUCCAGGGAGAUCUAGCAAACUGGAUUCAAAAUUGGGUCUAUUGUCGGAAGCAGAGGUUGAUGGUUGAAGGUUGUCUCUUGAAUUGGAGGCCUGUGACUAGUGGUGUGCUACAGGGGUCGGUGCUUGGACCUUUGUUAUUUGUUAUUUAGAGAAAUGAUCUGGAUGUGAAUGCACAAGGCAUGGUUAGUAAGUUUGCAGAUGAUACAAAAUUAGGAGGUAUAGUUGAUAGCAAAGAAGGUUAUUAAACAUUACAGAGAGGCCUUGGUCAGUUGGAGAAGGGGGCUGAGGAUUGACAAAUACAACUCAAUACAGCUAAGUGUGAGGCAUUGCAUUUAGGAAAGCCAAACCAAGGUAGGACUUCUACAGUAAGUGGUCAGUUCCUGAGGAGUGCUGUGGAACAGAGGGACCGAGGAGUACAAGUACAUUGUUCAUUGAAAAUGGCAUCACAGUUAGCAGGGUGGUGAAGAAUGCAUUUAGCAUGCUGCCUUCAUCCAUCGAGGAACUGAGUAUAGGAGUUGGGACAUUAUGUUACAGUUGUAUUCGUCAUUUGGAGAAUUGUAUGCAGUUUUGAUCACCCUGUUACAGGAAAGACACAGUUAAACUGGAAAGUGUGCAAAGGGGAUUUAUGAGGAUGUUCUCGUUUCGGGCCUAGACCCUUCAUCAGAAGAUGAAGGGUCCAGGCCCGAAACGUCAGAUUUUGUGCUCCUAAAAUGCUGCUUGGCCUGCUGUGUUCACCCAGCUCCACACUUUGUUAUCUCUAUAUUUGUUGUUCAUGAUCUGUUUUCAGUGAAUUUAUCCUGAGAAUCUCGCAGCUGUGGUUACAAUCACUGCAAAAAGUCUCAUGACUACAGAUCCUCACCACAAAUUAUUUUCA